AAAAGAAAGAUGCUUUUAUUUGAUUUACGUUUGUUACAAAUAUAUGAGAGAGGCGCUGAUCACGAGUGACCUCCUCUCUCAUACAUACAUUUAGAUUUUUGUUUGCAGUUUUGUGUUUGUGAUUUUGUUACAAUUAUAUAAAUUUGGUGUCGCCUCCUUAAGGUCUGACAGCUAAUGUUGAGCAGCACAACAAAUGGUUGAAAUCGGACUUUCAAUCGGUCGUGUCCCCUUUUUCGUCCAAAUGUAACUACUACCAGAAGACUGGCAGUUGUUGAAAUCCUCCUCUUUUAUAUUUUAGGUUCGAUCCAGCAUGAAGCUUAACAUUGCGAACCCAGCCACUGGCUGUCAAAAGUUGAUUGAAAUUGAAGACGAGCGUCGUCUCCGUGGUUUCUAUGACAAGCGCAUGGCCCAAGAAGUCUCUGGUGACUCUCUCGGUGACGAAUUCAAGGGUUAUGUCUUCCGUAUCACUGGUGGUAACGACAAGCAAGGUUUCCCCAUGAAGCAAGGUGUUCUCUUGCCUCACCGUGUCAAGCUCUUGAUGUCCAAGGGUCACUCUUGCUACCGUCCUCGCCGUACUGGUGAACGUAAGAGAAAGUCUGUCCGUGGUUGUAUUGUUGGUUCUGACCUCUCUGUCUUGUCUCUCGUUGUUGUCAAGCAAGGUGAACAAGACAUUCCCGGUUUGACUGAUGCUACUGUUCCUAAGCGUUUGGGUCCUAAGCGUGCUUCCAAGAUCAGAAAGUUCUUUAACUUGAGCAAGGAAGAUGAUGUCCGCAAGUACGUUAUUCGUCGUGAAGUUCAACCUAAGGCUGAAGGUAAGAAGGCUUACACCAAGGCUCCCAAGAUCCAACGUCUUGUUACUCCUCUUACUCUUCAACGCAAGAGACACAGACAAGCUCUUAAACGUAGAAGAGCCGAAGCUUCUCGUGAAGCCGAAGCUGAAUACAAGCAAUUGCUUGCUAAGCGUGUCAAGGAAUCCAAGCAAGAAAAGAUCGAACGUCGUCGUACUUCUUCUAUGCAAAAGUCUGCUUCUGCUUAAAAUAGAAUAAACUGAAAAGAAAAGAUUGUAAUUUUGUAUCAUCUAUGCAAUGUUUAUGCAAAGAAAACCCCCUCAUUUGAAUGUGACCGUGACAUAGAAUAAAUUUCUUCAUCUUUUUCUUUUG